AUGAGCCAGCUCUGCAUUGCCAUGGAAAAUUUGAACAGAGCUCGCCAGAUUGCCUAUCCAUCCACACCAGAACACAAUGUGUCGCCUUGGGAUAGCGAUUCUUUUGAGCACAUGCUGCAGAGUUCUCCCACCAUGAGUCAUCAGCGUGGGGCCAUCCACCAGGAUGCCUUAAAUUCGCUCAAUCUUCUUCUACUUAAUCCCUGGAGUAUGGAUGCCCCGACAUUUCAGGCCACAAUGGGAGUCCCUCGAAUGAACGAGAACCGUAAGAAGAGCGCGAAACACUACAACCGAUAUAAGAAAAGAAAGAAUCUAGCUCAGUGUUCUAUCACGGGCAUAUGGGGAGAUUGCAACAAGGAAACGAUUGAAAAGGCGUACGACCAGCUAAGACUCUGUAUUGUCUUGCACGAUCCGGAUGGAGGUGGCAAUAAAGUCACACUUCGGAUUCUUGACCUGGCUUUGAAGGAUGAAAUUGUUGACGGCACUAUGACUUUUGGAGCCCUUGCAGGAAAUCCCUUUGACCUUCCAGAAGGAGGUGAAAACAAUGAAGGCCCCCUUCAAGCGAUGUCUGUCCUUCCAUGCACAGACAGCAUAUGCCGAAGCCAAAAGAAGGAACUGGCACCUCUUGAAAGAGGGCUGGAAUGGAAUCGAACCAAACCCUACCCAAUACGGUUCACCACUGGACACAAACAAGAUUACUUUCCUGAAGAUGGCUUCCUCCACUUUUGA